GCCGUGUCUUUGAUUGGAGGGAAACCCCGUGGAUGAGCGGGAGAGAUCGUCAGCUGUGCGGCCGGGAAGCAGGAACAACACCGACUAACGACACUCGCAGGAGCCAUGGACAAGGAAUAUGCCAUACAGAAGGCCAAGCUGGCCGAGCAGGCCGAGCGUUAUGAUGACAUGGCCGAAGCCAUGAAGGACGUCACACAAAAGACCAAAGAGGACGAGGCGGAGCUCAGCAACGAGGAGCGCAACCUGCUCUCUGUGGCCUACAAGAAUGUAGUGGGGUCUAAGAGGUCCUCCUGGAGGAUGAUUUCCAGCAUGGAGAACAAGUGUGAAGACAGCGGGAAGGCCAAAUGUUUCACGGAGUACAGAAAUAAAAUCGAGUGCGAGCUCAACGACGUCUGCAAGGAAGUACUGGACCUGCUCGACAAUUGUCUACUCCCCAACGCAAAGUGUUGUGAGAGCAAAGUCUUCUACCUGAAGAUGAAGGGAGACUACUUCCGCUACAAAGCCGAGGUGGCCAGUGGGCAAUGCAAGGAGGAUGCCAUUGCGGAGUCACAAAAGGCCUACAAAGACGCCUUCGAUAUAAGCAAGGAAGAAAUGAAGUCUACACACCCCAUCCGCCUAGGCCUCGCUCUGAACUUUUCUGUCUUCUACUACGAGAUUGUGAACUCACCUGAUCAGGCCUGCAAGCUGGCCAAGGAGGCCUUUGACGAUGCCAUCGCUGAGCUCGACCAGCUCGACUGCGACUCUUACAAAGACAGCACCUUGAUCAUGCAACUGCUCCGUGACAAUCUGACACUGUGGACGUCAGACAACCAGACCGAGCCCGAGGGUCAAUGUGAUGGUGCAGGAGACGCAACGGAGCAGACAGCUGAGAAGAACUGAACUUCAGAAAAGGAAAAAAAAACAAACAAAAACCACACACACACACACAUUUUUUACCUCUCACCAGCCUAAGUUGUGUGCGUGGUUGUGUGUGCACAUACAUGCACAGAUAUGUAUGUUCACACCACACUCGCAGUGUAAAGUACAGUAUGUGUGUGCAGAUGCAUUGAAGCGUGUAUGUUAAUUGUUUGAGCACCCCCCCUCCCCUCCCCACACACACACACACACACACAGAAAAGAAUGGGAUCAAGUUUUUCUUUUGAACAUUACUCAUUGUGUGAACCAGUGAAUGUUCAUAUUUCUGUUUUGUUUUUUAGUUUUUUUUUUUUUUUUGUCUGUCCUACUUCAGAUGAAAUCCCUCCUUUAGAUCCAAAUCAGCCCCGUGGUCUUUAACCUUAUUCACUGUAGCAAACCGCUGCUGUCGCAGGAAAACAAACAAAAAAAACCUCUAUCUGUAACUUUGAUCAUUUGUAUGUUUUUACUUGAACUGAACAGUUAAAACCUUUGUGACACUUUGGUCCACAGAACUCCUUUGAAGCAACAUUAAGUGUAAAAAUUUAAAAAAUAGUCACAUUCACUAAAUUUUUCCAUCUGUCAGUAGCAGUGAUUAUGUACGAUUAUAUUCGUACUGUAGCCAGGUUUUACCUUGGUAAAGAUCUACGUAUCCAUCCCACGUUGUCGGUGUCCAGUGUAGCAGGUAGUGUUUUUUAUGGAUGGUACAUGUGUCAUGGCUCAAUGGGUUCAAUGUGCCUUCAGGCAUAGGAACGACAUUCAGUACGACGGCUACUUCUGAAAACUGUAGUUGAAACUUUGGCUGACGGAUUGGUUGAGAAGAUUACAUUCCAUUUUACUGACAUCUUUUCACUCCUAGUGAAAUGUGUAGACUAUAAUUUCCUGCAAUUUUGCAUACCGCGCAACAAGGUAUGAACAGCCUAAGAUAAAGUGAACAACUUGGUAAAAAUGGCUCAAUACUAUAACUUUUGAUAUUUUAUCUCUUCAGCAGUGCAGAGAAUACUUUUGCCAUGUGCUUUUAUAUGGCUUUCUACUCUUUUUCUAUUCAGGUGUUUUGUAUUUUCUUUUGGUGUAUUUUAUUCCCUUUGACUCUUGAUUUGACUCCUGGAAUGUACGUAGUUCUCAGUAGUACGGUGUGAGGGUUAGAUGUGCUUUGAACGGGGCAGUUUUUGCUUAGGAUUUAGCUCGAACCAGGUGGUUUACAGUAACAUUUACCUUCGUUAAAAGUACAUCGUGAAAAGACAAACUAAAACCAUGCUUAAUAUAAACUGAAUAACAAAGUAACUUGGUAGAAAGCUGCAUUAAAGCCAUUUAGUAGUCACAAAGUAGUGCCAGUUUCUCCUAAUUACAGUGUCUUGGUUUAAAAAAUAAAAAAAACAAACGUAAAAAAAAAAACAAGCGAUGGGAUGAGGGAUUCAGAACUUGCAAGUUACACCCUUGAGUAUGUUACUUGGUUAUGUGCUUUCAUGUAAGUGGAAUAAAAACAUUCAAAUGGA